CUGGUUGGGUGAAGAAGGCCAACCAGCGGGGCCUUUCGCUUGCUUGCCUAUAUUGCGGUAGGAGAACACGAUCUCUGCCUCGCCUGAAGAAGAACGAGAGGGUUUUGUGGCACCGACCAUCUGCGUCGAGGCCGUACGAAUGGAAUCAACCACUAGCAAAGGUGACCCAGGCGAGUUGCAAGUUUCUGAGAGACUCCCAAUCUCCAGGCCAGAUGAUGGAUAUGGCACAAAAGGGAAGAAAAUACGGCUCCUUGCAAACCACUUCAAAGUUUCAGUUCACAGUCCUGAUGUUAUCUUCCACCACUACAAUGUGAAAUUGAUGUAUGAGGAUAAUAAACAAGUGGUUGAAAUGGGUGUGGGUAGAAAAAUGAUUGACAAGUUGCAGGAGAUCUAUGCCUCCGAGCUCACAAAUGUGAGCUUUGCUUAUGACGGUGACGAGAACCUAUUCACGAUUGGCGCCCUGCAGCAUGUCAAGAAUGUGUACACUGUAGUAGUUGAGGAUGUUUCAUCUGCAAAGUGACCAAUCCACCUCUGUUACAUGUUUCUAUUAUUGCUAUGAUAUUGGGCUAUUUGGUCUUAACUGUGCAAUUUUUCGCAAUUUCAGGGUUGCA